AUGUUGGGUUCUUCGGUUUUUGAUGAAUUGAGAGCUGAAAUAGAAAUUUUCAAUUUUAUUGUGGCUAGAGUAAAUGCCACAUGGGCUAUUGGCAACGACUUUUUUAAUUUCAAGUCAGCAAAUUUAACAUUGAAACAACCUGCCUCCCCGUAUUCUCAUCGUUUCCAUUCCCGGCGGCGAAAAAAAGUUGCUGUUAAGGAACUCUCAGAGUUACAACCCUAUGUGUUUGCAGAGUAUGUUCUUCUCCCUAUCGAACGGAGGAUCAGUUAUCCCUUCAUCUACAAGGCCAAAGUUCGGAGACUCCGAGAUUUGGCUGGCAAGUUGAAGGACAAGAGAGACAGGGUGAAAGACUCUGUUGGUGAUGCUGAAAGAAAUGGGGAAACUGUUUAUGAUAAUGUUCGAAACUGGCUGUCCGAUUCAGAGAAGGCCAUUGAGGAGGCACUGGUGCUUGUCAAUGCGGAAGAAGAAGCUGCCAAGAAGACGUGUUUUGUGGGAUUUUGUCCCGAUUUAAAGACGCGAUAUUUGCUUAGUAAGAACGCAGAGGAGAAAGCUUUCGUGAUUGAUCAGCUGGAUCAGCAGGAAGCUGGUCUCCAUCCAUUUUCUCACCGUCCCCAUCUUCAACAGCAUGUUGAUCCGUCUGUUUUUGAUUUUGAAGCAUUGGAAUCAAGGCUGUCCAUUCUGAAGCAAGUCAUGGAGGCUCUUAAGGAUCCUAAUCUAACCAGGGUCGGCGUGUGGGGAAUGGGCGGUGUGGGGAAAUCUACACUAGCAAAGGAGGUCCAUGGCCUUGCUUCCAAAGAAAAGCUAUUCGAUGAUGUGGUUUUUGUUUCCGUUUCUGAAAAACCUGAACUUGGAGAAAUUCAAAAAUUAAUUGCGGGUGUCUUGGGUGUGAACUUCAAUGUGGAGGAUAGCCGUGUUCGAGCAAGUCAUCUCUUUGAGAGGAUAAAAAAGAAGAAGAUUCUUGUAAUUCUUGAUAAUAUCUGGCAAAAAAUUGAUUUAAAUCAAAUAGGAAUACCAACGGGAGCUGACGGCAAAGACUGCAAAAUACUGCUAACCUCGAGGGAGAAACGUGUAUUACUAAAUGAGAUGGGGGUAGAAAAAGAAUUCAUGCUUCAAGUUCUAACACAUGAAGAGGCUUGCAGUAUGUUUGCAAAGACUGUCCCACAUGCUAAAGAUCGAGCAUUUGAUGCCAUUGCGAUUGAAGUCGUCAAACGAUGUGCAGGAGUGCCACUGCUGAUUGAACUUGUUGCUGGGUACUUGCGGAAUUGUAAGGAGGUGGGAAUUUGGGAGGAGAAGGUACAACAACUAUCCAGCUUUAAGGAUGAAGAAAUAGACUUGAAAGUGCAUGAGUCUUUAAAGUCAAGCUACAAGAAACUGAUUGGCGAUGAAAUCAAAUCAUUUUUCUUGCUUUGUGCUCUGAGUGGACACUCUAACAUUCGGAUCCAGUACUUGUUGAGGUAUUGUAUUGGUCUUGGUUUGCUUAAGGAGAGGCCUAUUGUCAGUGAUGCAAGAAAAAGAGUAGACUAUUUGAUCAAUGAACUUCAAGAUUGCUCCUUGUUAAUGAAGGGAGAGAUGGAUGGGUAUGUCAAAAUGCAUGACAUCGUUCGAGAUGCUGCUUUGUCUAUUGCAUGUAGAGAGAAACAUGUUUUUACUUGUCAAAGUGGUGCUAAAUUGAUGGAAUUGCCAGAUAGGGAUUGCACUGGAAUAUCUCUUCCAUUUUGUGAUUUUCAAGAACUUAUUGGGCCUGAUUCGGAAAUGUUUAAGUUAGAUUGUCCAAAUGCAGAGUUGUUGUUGCUGCUUACGGAAGAUAUGUCUUUGAAAGUUUCUGAUUCAUUUUUUGAGGGAGUUGCUAAACUCAGAGUGUUGCAUUUUACAGGAAUGCGUUUCUUAUGCCUUCCUUCAUCCAUCAAAUUCCUAACAAACCUACAAACCUUGUGUUUACAUGGUUGCCAUUUAAAUAAGUUAUCUAUCAUUGGAGAGCUUAAGCAGCUAAAGGUAUUGAGUUUUGUUGACGCUUAUAUAGUUGAGCUUCCCAAGGAAAUAGAGCAAUUGACUCGGCUCAAGAUUCUAGAUUUGAGCAAUUGCUCCAAAUUGAAGAUUAUUCCCGCCAAUGUUUUCUCAAAGUUGACUCAGUUAGAAGAGUUGUAUAUGAGCAACAACUCUAUAGAGUGGGAUGCCGAAGGUAACGCGAGCCUUGAAGAGUUGGAGCAUUUGCCCCGCCUACUAACUCUGGAAAUGCAAGUAUUGGAUCCCGAGAUGAUACCAAGGUCUUUUUUCUUCUGUUUCAAAGGAUUGCAAAACUAUAAAUUAGUCAUAGGAGAUGGAUGGGACUGGAGAGUGAACAAUGAAUCCUCAAGGACGCUGAAGCUCAAGUUCAAGACAAGCAUUCAUUUAGAGCCAGGGUUACUAAAGUUAUUGAAGGAAAGUGAUGAUCUGUAUUUAGAUGAAAUAUGGGGAAUUGAGAGUGUGUUGUAUGAUCUUGAUGGGGAUGGCUUUCGGAAAUUGAAGCAUCUUCAAGUCCAGAAUGAUCUUGUGAUUCAACAUAUUGCCAAUUCAACAAAUUUGUCUUCGUGUCCUGCAUUUCCUAUUCUACAGUCGUUAUUUCUGUGUAAUCUAAUGAGCUUGGAAAACCUUUGUAAUGGGCAGCCGGUAGCUGGGUCUUUCAGCAAAUUGAAAGGAUUAGAAGUCAGAAAUUGCGAGAAAUUAACAACUCUGUUUUCGUUGCCCUCCAAUAAUCAUGAUGGCAUUGUCAAAGUUGAGUUGAGCCAGUUAUGCUCCUUGACACUGGUCAAUCUACCAACGCUCAGAAGCUUUUGCAACAAAAUGAACCGACCACUAGAAUCUUACGCGAGACACAAUCAUUUGAGAGUUGAUGGUCCAACAUGUCAGGAAGGUGUAUCAUUAGAGGAUGAGCCAUUAUCAAUUUUCAACGAACUGGUCUCUCUUCCUAAGUUGAAGAAUCUUACAAUAAAUACAGUUUAUUGCGAAAAGAUAUGGCAAGACCACCUCUCCAUAACAUCUUCAAAUUUAACAAGCUUGAUUGUUGAUAGCUGUCAUAAUUUGCGGCAUCUAUUGACAUGUAAAAUGGUUAGAAGUCUUUUUCAUCUCAAAAGAAUUGAGAUAAGAAACUGUGAGCUCAUUAAAGAGAUAAUUCUGACGAAGGAAUUUGUAGAAGAAACAGGGAGAACGGAGAAGAUACUCUUUUCUAAACUGGAAAGUUUGAGGCUUGAAGGUCUUCCGAAGUUAAGUAGAUUCUGCACUGGGCAUCCGAUUGAAUUUCAGUCUCUUACAGAAUUGUAUGUUCAAAGCUGCUCUGUUUUUACUACCUUUGUUACCUGCACCCAACAAGUUAAUUCAGAGGCCGACAACAACUCUGAAACAGAAUCUCUCUUUAAUAGAAUGGUUGGGUUCCCCAAGUUAGAGUUAUUGAGUCUUACCUUUUUGUUCAACCUGGAAAAUAUAUGGCACCAUCAGCUCAUGCCUAAUUCCUUCUCCAAACUAAAAGCCUUGAUAAUCGAUGGUUGCCACAAGCUCUUAACGGUUUUUCCUCCUGAUGACUUGCCAAGAUUUCACAGGCUGGAGAGGUUGAUAAUUAUGAAUUGUUCUUCACUGCAAGAAAUAUUUCAAUUCCAAGAACCAAAUGCUGACGAUAUAGAUGCUGUGGUAGAAUUUAAGUUGAGAGAAUUGAGAAUCUCCUCCCUUGAGAAACUGAGGAUCAUAUGGAGUAAGGAUCCUCCAUCAAGUUUUACUUUUCAAGAACUACAGUCAGUGGAAAUCGAUGCUUGUGGCGCUUUGAAAAGUAUAUUUCCAGCCUCCAUAAUCUCAGGCCUUGUUCAGCUUCAAAGUUUAAAAAUUAGAAGUUCGCAAUGGCAAACAUGUGGAGUAGAGGGAAUUGUUGCGAAAAGUAAAAGCGCAGAAUCAGACCCUUAUUUUAAGUUUCCUCAACUUACUUCUCUUUCACUCCAUGGGCUAACGAAACUAAAGUGUUUCUACCCGGGGAGGCAUAGUGUUGAGUGGCCAAAGUUGAAAUGUUUGGAGUUGGUCGAGUGUAACAGCGCAAUCAUGUUUGGUUCAGAAAUUAGAAACCGUUAUCAAGAAGAAGCACAUGGAGGAGGAGGCAGCCAAGACAAUAUCCCAUUUCAACCGUUUUUUAUGUUUGAAAAGCUCAAUCACAACUUGGAGCAAUUGACUCUACACCACAAUGAUUUGCUGAGAAUACAGAUUGGUCAAUCUCCUGCAAACUGCUUUUCCAAAGUAAAAGUACUGACACUGCAUUCCUUGAGUCCCGAAUCGUGCAUUGUUCUGUUUAGUUUCCUCAAAACACUAUACAGUUUGGAAGAACUUGUUAUUGUCGUAGGUUCUUUUCAAGAGCUAUUCUCGGAUGAGGAUGAUGCAGUUUCUGUGCCACUGAGACAUCUGAGCAUAGACAAUGCCUAUAGAUUAAAGCAUAUAUGGAAGCAAGACGCCAUACUGAAACCAGUUACUCAAUAUCUUGAGACACUGACAAUUUAUAACUGUUCUAGUUUACGCAAAAUAGUGCAAUCAUCAUCAUCCUUCCGAAAUUUAGUGACUCUAAAAGUGAGUCAUUGUAAUAAGUUGAAAAGCUUGUUCAAUGUGUCGACAGCAAAAACUAUGGUAAACCUCACCGAAAUGAGCUUAUGUUACUGUUAUGCGAUGACUGAAGUGGUGGAAACCGAUGGAGAUCAGACAGAGGAUGAAGUGGUUUUUAACAAAUUGAAAACUUUGCAACUUGAGACCUUGGAUAGUCUCGCCAGCUUUUUCCCAGGAAAUCAAGCCUUUAGUUUCCCAUUGUUAGAAGAAAUAUUCAUUUCUGGAUGCACUCAGAUGAAGAUUUUCUCUGCUGGAGUCUUGAGCACACCUAAGCUACGGUCAGUCAGAAACUCCAAAUAUUCACCGGAUAAUCAAUUUUGGGAGGGAGACCUAAACGCAACCAUCACAUAUCUGUGUGUGGAGUGUCUACUACCACAAGAGGUUGAAGAUUAUAUCAAAGUGUCCAGCACCUGGGGAGGCGCUUCCUCGGUGUAGAAACUCUGAAAAUGGAUGGCUGUACAUCAUUUACAAGAGAGCUAUUGAUUCAAAAGUGUGAAGUUGCAUUACCAAGCUUGGAAGAACUGAGAGUAGAAUGGAAGCUUUAGUUUUACCUCAGUAUCUAAGAGGCCUACAAGUAUUGAAAGUUAUGAUUUGAGAAUUUUGAUGGCUCUGACAACUGAUAGAAGUCUUGCGCAACUCGAAAGAAUGGUUAUAAAGGAAUAAUUCCAAGUGAAGCAGAUGGAGUAGAGGAUGAGAUCCUCUUGAGUCAGCUAAUUUUUGUUUUGAAACUAAUGGUCUGCCACUCCUCACAAGCUUUUGGCCAGGUAGAUUUACCUUAAAUUUCCCAUAUUUAGAAGACGCGAUUAUCAGAGAAUGUCCCAAAAAUGGAGACUUCUGCUCAAGGAGUCGUAACGCCAUCAAAGUUAUGGCAAGUUCAAACAGGCGACACGAAUAGAAAGAACAGAGUGCGAUGAGAUUUGCGACAAUAGAUUGACAGACUGCACAAUAGUUCUCCAGUUGAACUUGAAGAAGGAGCUCUCUUUACAAAGAAGUAGAGGUUCAUCCAGCUCAAGUGAUCAAAUGCUACAAGCUCCAGACUUGUGGGAUUUGCAGGUAGAAAGCGCGUAGGAAAAUACUGCAAAACUAUAAGAAAGAUCGGAAAAAAGGCGACAAUGUGAGCUUCUUCAGCAGUAUUGACAGAAGUUGAUCAAUAAGAGUGAAAAUUGGCAAUGGACAGGAAAUUAAGGUGUAAUUGUUGUACACACACCUUUAGGUACUAAACCAAAUUCUGAACUACUGUAUGUCACUAAAUUUGAUCAAAAAUUUCCUAGUACUUUCCAUUUGUUUGAAAAGGAUUAUGCUCGUGUUUAAGAACGCA